AUGAAAGAAUACAGAUUUCAUUCAUGUCAAAAAUUCAUAGAUUUUUCAUUAGAUCCAACUGAAUGUCCAAAUAUGUGUGGCAGAUCAUACAGAGGCAAAUUUCGAAAAUCUAGUCUCAGAAGACAUCUCAUUUAUGAAUGCGGAGUUGAUCCUCAAUUUAAGUGCCCUGUGUGUCUAAAACCAUUUACUGAUAAGGGCAAACAUGUGUUACCAGAUCCUCUAUACUGUCAGAACAAUUGUGGUCGAUAUUAUACAGGAAAAAAACGUAAAUCAAGUUUAAAGAGACACAUAACAUAUGAAUGUGGUAUUGAUCCUCAGUUUAAAUAUUUUUAUGCUGGUCAAAGAUUUAAAUGUCCAAAUGAAUGUGGUAAAUCGUACAAGAAUAAGUACACUCUUAAGCGGCAUAUAUUUUAUGAAUGUGGCGGGUAUGAUUAUGAUCAAUUAAAGAAAACUCGUUUCUUUUGUCCUAACAAUUGUGGUAAAAGUUAUAAAUUUUCUAACACUUUAAACCGACAUGUGAAAUAUGAAUGUGGAGAUUUGCGAUCUAAAUCAAAAAAAACUAGCAAUUACACAUGCCCAAAUAAAUCAUGUAACAAAAUCUACAAGUCCAAAGGUAGUUACUUCAAUCAUGUGAAUUAUGAAUGUGGUGGUCGCAAGCAAUUUGAAUGUUGGUUAUGCAAUAAGAAAUUUAGCCAAAAGGGUCUCCUAUCUGAAUACAGAAGACAAUCAAAUCUGUCCAUUUCAUAUAAGUUUACAUGUCCAAAUUGUUGCCGAAGAUAUUCACAUAAACCCAGAUUAGUGCAUCACUUGAAACAUGAAUGUGGUUACAAACGAUUUAUAUAUUCGGACACUAAACAAUUAAGAUAUUUUUGCCCUAAUAAUUGCGGAAAAUCAUACAAAAUAAAAAGAUCAGUCGGGAGACACCUUAAAUUUAAAUGUGGAGUAGAACCAACAUUUGAAUGUUGGAUUUGCCACAGGAAAUUUGCAUUAAAAGAAUCAAUGAAAAAACAUAUGAUGGAUAGAGUUGAAAGUAUGAACUCAAGAUUUGUGAACAAUAGUCCAUUAUACAUGGAUUUAUUGCUUCUAUGCCCAGUCAAUUUCAAUAGUUUUAAACACGGUUUAUCAAAAAUAGCCUUGAAAGCUCUCUCUAAAAAUUUAAUCCGAUUUACAAUCAAUGAUAAUUUUGGAAGAAUCCCAUCAAAAAUUAAGAGAAGAAUUAAUUCAGAAGAUGAAUAUCAAGAAAUUGAAGAAACUGCCGGAUUAAAUAUGACCUUUUUAACACUACCGGUAACACAAAUAGCAUGUGAGAGGUCAUUUUCAACACUAAAAUUCAUAAAAAAUCGAUUACGAAAUACUCUAACUUAUGAGAAUUUAGAAGCGUUUAUAUUCAUGUCCGUGGAAAAGCGAAAAUUAGCUUCUAUAAAUGACGAUUGA